AUUACCGAGCCUUCCAGCGGGAUAAGAUGACCCGAAAACCAGUAAAGCAAGUGAUAAGACACGCUGCGUGUCACGAGCAGAGCGGUCCUCACAUUACGCACGACGUUAGGAGUUCCCUUGCUUACACCGCCUCUCCUCUGUCCUCCUAGCCGUUCCGACUGCUAGCCAUCCCUGCCGGCUUGUGCCUAUCUUCCGUCCCAGCCUGCAGGGCUGCAUCUCCCGAGGCAGAGAAAAAGGCUCUCCGGGGCGGUGGCGGCGUCCGUCUUCCAGUUCCCUUCAUCUCAAUGAUCAGAAUCUGGGCUGAAGCCUGACACCCAGCUCUGACAGGACAGGACUGUAAUCCAUUUCUAUGACAACAGAGAAGGCUUUGGCUGGGGAAAUGAAGACUGCGAUGGAGGGUGACGCCAGGAGAACCAAUCAGGUUCCAGAGGACCAGGGGGAUAUGGAUGAUAACUCAGAGAAGACCCCCAGCAAAGCCUCCAAAUCCCCCCAGAAAAGCUCCAAGCGGCCCAAGACUGUCCCUGUCAAAGUCACCCUACUUGACGGCUCUGACUAUGAAACCGCAGUUGAGAAAUUUGCCAAGGGCCAGACUCUGUUGGACAUGGUGUGUGGCCAUCUGAACCUGCUGGAGAGGGACUACUUUGGCUUGACUUUCCAGGACACAGACAACACCAAGAAUUGGCUGGAUCCCUCUAAAGAGAUUAAGAAGCAAAUCCGGGUUGGUCCCUGGAAUUUCGGGUUUGCUGUCAAGUUCUACCCUCCAGACCCAUCUGUGCUCAUUGAAGACAUUACCAGGUACUAUUUGUGCCUGCAGCUGAGGGAUGACAUCCUGUCUGGUCGUCUCCCAUGCUCAUUUGUCACGCACGCCCUUCUGGGCUCCUACACAGUCCAGGCGGAACUGGGAGACUAUGAGCCCGAGGAACAUGGUCCAGACUACGUCAGCGAUUUCCACUUUGCCCCCAACCAGACGCGCGAGCUUGAGGAGAGAGUGAUGGAACUACACCAUAACUACAGGGGAAUGAGUCCAGCAGAAGCAGAGAUGAACUUUCUAGAAAAUGCCAAGAAACUCUCGAUGUAUGGAGUUGACCUGCACCACGCUAAGGAUUCAGAGGGAAUCGACAUAAUGCUCGGUGUCAGUGCCAACGGUCUGCUCAUCUACCGUGACCGCCUCAGGAUCAAUCGGUUCGCCUGGCCAAAAAUCCUGAAAAUCUCCUAUAAGAGAAGCAACUUUUACAUCAAGAUCCGCCCUGGAGAGUAUGAACAGUUUGAGAGCACCAUAGGCUUCAAGCUGCCCAACCAUCGGGCCUCGAAGCGAUUGUGGAAGGUCUGCAUUGAGCACCACACCUUCUUCAGGUUGGUUUCCCCAGAGCCACCUCCCAAGGGCUUCCUGGUGAUUGGCUCCAAGUUCCGCUACAGCGGGCGGACCCAAGCCCAGACCAGACAGGCUAGCGCUCUGAUUGACAGGCCCGCUCCACAGUUCGAUCGUUCUGUUAGCAAGAGGUACCUGCUGCCUCGAAGCAUUGACGGAGCCUCGGCUCUUGGUGACAGUAUGGACCAGCUGUCCCAACGAAGCUCCAGUGAGCGCACACAGUUCAUGUCUAGAGAAGAUCUGGACCAAGAGGGCAGCCUAGACCUGGACCACGAUCAAUAUCAUUAUCAAGACCAAGAUCAGGACCACUACACAGAUCAGGAAGACGAUCAGAAGCUGACACUGGGUGCCAAUAUCUCACCACCGACCAAGACUUUGGAGCUGAAGGGUGAGGAAGCAGGCUCGCCUGUAGACUCAAAGCCUGAGGAACUGGUCACCCUUCGGCCUAAACAGGAGCAGUUCUUGGACAAACCAGAAGAUGUUAUACAAAAGCACCAGGCCAGCAUCAACGAGCUGAAGAGGGCUUUGAGGCAGCCUAACAGCAAAAUGGCCCAGAGAGAGAAACGCAUCUCUUCAGCUACUCCUCCUGGAGGGACUCCGGAGCGGAAACCAGCGACCACUGACGCCAAAUUGAUUGACAAGCAGGAUGCUUAUGAAGGAACACUGGACUCUUACUCUUACGUGGAAAAGAGUAAGACCUCUUCAGAGGGUAGAGACACAUUUGCAGUGACAUCUUGGACUGAAGCGAAUAUGAACAAUUGCCAGACACGCCCAGACUCUGGAAGAAGUCGACAUGGAACAUCUCCAAAGCGGGAAACUGAGUUUAUUGCAGCAGGACUAAGAGAUAUGAACCCCAUGGCUGGUACAGUAGCAGCUAAUGGGCAUCAUGAAUCUGUUCAAAUUCGGAGAGCCAUUCAAGAAAAUGGAUAUGAGUCUCCACCUGAGAAACAGGCAAGAGAACUGAAGAAGGAUUUAAGACAUGGCCACUUUGAGCAUCGAGAGAGGCCCAAGAACUUUGAAACUCCAGUGGCUUGGGAUUCUGUCCCAAAGGGCAGUGCUUCAAGACACAGUGAGGCUUGGAAAAUAAAAGACCCAAGCCCUGUGGGAGAAAAGGAUUGCAACAAAACUGGGAACUCACACACAGAAGUAACAAAAAUAGUUCCUCUCAAGCCGCAGAGAUCAAAGAAGUCUAUAAAUAAAGAGAACAAAGAUUUAAACCCUCAAACGCACAGCCAGCCUGACAGAGGCGUCUUUGGUGCUGCCGGGGAUGUACAGAUGACAAAAUCUUCCUGUGAGUCAGGAAGGAGACUGGAUGAUAAUGCUGUACCACUGUCUGCCACAGAUGUUGUCAAGGAAAACACAAUGGACACCAAAUACCAGGGUGAAUCUACAGCGUUGUAUCAGCAGCAAAGUCAAACACAUCAGCAGAUUAGGAACGAGUUUGUCGGACAACAGGAGCUCAGGGACUGCAGGGACUCUGCAGGCCAGUGGACGAGAGGAGGCGUUGCAUUUGAAGAAAAUUCUCAAAUCACCUCAGAGUUUAGCGCCAAAUUUCCAGCAGCUCCCCCACGCACUCUCCCCCUGAAAACACAGUGGUCCCGAGACAGACUGAGCAACAUGGACAACAGCCACAUCCACCACAGGACGCCCAACCAAGAAACAGCCAAGAGGAAGCAAGCGGAGACACCUCCCACCCCUGCUAUCCAUGAGGAGCCUCUCAGUGAAGCUUCAAGGGAACCAUGGGAGAGGCGCCUGGGCUCCGUAUCAGAGGAUGAUCAGGACCACGAGAUCCUGUACUUGAAGGAAACCCACCUGGGCAUUGAACGAAAAUGUUCCAGCAUCACAGUCAGCUCUACAUCCAGCCUGGAAGCUGAAGUAGAUUUCACCGUCCUCACGGACCUGUACACAGGCAUGGAAGAGUUCUCCAGGGGUAUGUCGGAGCUGGGAGAGAGGGAUCUGUCACCUGAUGGGGGUCUGCGCUUUGGCAUCGACAUGCUCCAGCAGCAACAGCAGCAACCCUCUGAGCCACCUCCUCCCUUAGUAUCGGCUCCUCUGUCCAGAAGAACCAGCAGCAGUCCUCCAGCCAAACAAAUCCAGGCUGAAGAAGUCCGACCAGAAGUCAAACGGUCCGAUGUCCAGCCUGUAGUUCCCAAAAAACCAAAGAGAUCAGUCCCCGUGUCUUCAUCAGUGGACCGAGAUCAGUCACACAGAGAAGGCAGUCGUGUCUCUGCCGCCACACCACUGAGCAGGGAGGGCAGCGAUAUCAGGCCCACGCCAACAGUCAGAAAGACGGACAUCAGGACGGAGACUCAACCCAAUGGGUCAGAGGUCACCACGACCAUCGUGGAGUUCACGGAUCAGGAUCACGGCAUCACUGGACUAAGUGAAGUUUCUUACUCUACAAGACAGAGCGUUUCCCCUGUGCACAAAGGCAGUCUUGGCAGAGAGACAUCAGGCUCUCCCAUCCUCGUCUCUGAAAAUGUUACCUCAGCUACCACUCAUGUUACAAAGACAGUGAAAGGAGGAUACUCAGAGACCAGGAUCGAGAAGAGGAUCAUAAUCACAGGAGACGAUGAUGUAGACCAGGAACAGGCUCUGGCUAUUGCCAUACAAGAGGCCAAGCAGCAGCAUCCAGACAUGCAGGUGACUAAGGCAGUUGUUGUCAGGGAAACAGAAUCAUCCACUGAGGACCGACACGGUGCAUCAGAGUCCUGAUUUCCUGAGACGAGAGUGCCCCCCUUUGGACAAGAAGCGUCAGUGCCCGACUUGAAAUUGCCGCCCACCAUCCCAGUCGAUUAAGGACUACUGCCUGAGGCGCUCUGCCAGAGCCUCUUAUACAAGUUCACACACAAACCUGAAACAGGACUCUUCAAACGAUUUAAUUUGUAUUUGAACGUUUCAUUAUAGAAAUCGUCAUCAUGUUCAACAGAGUGACUUUUUUUUGCAGUCAGGCUUCACAAGUAAGAGAAAAAGAAAAAAAAAAACAUUUAUUAAUUUUACAUGGUUGAUAACAUGCCACAAGAAUUCCAAACAUGUGGAAAAAUUUCAGACAUAAUUCAAGUAAAUUCCCUGCAAAAAAUCUCAGGGUCUAUAUGUUCAAAUCACUCGCUUUGGUAUUUCUAAACAAAAACAGAGAACACAGGGAAUUCAUUGGGAAAGGGGUUUAUUUAGAUAUGAGUGGCUUAUACUCUCAUCAUGUGAUUUCUGCUGUGUGCUAAAGAAAAAAAAUGUGCUCACAUUGUGUCACUGAGUAAUAGAAUCUAGUACAUGUAGCUCCAGUACUGUUAAAGCAUCCAGUCACUCGCAGGGUUUAGUGAAAACUGUUUAGUUUUCAUAGCUAGUCAAAUAAACAAAUAUCAUCCCAUCGCACUGAAUGAUGAAGAUGCACUGAUUAGAGACGACUGCGGUCCUCUGGAGGCGUUUAUUCGAGUAUUUAGCGAGGACCAGUGUUAGCUAUCUAGUAAUAUUUGACUUCCUUUAAACAUAUCUCACCUCGACGUGUGGGUGGUAAGUAUGCAUAUCUGCAUUUAUGUCUUGACAUUAGGAGCUGUUGAUACACAGUGUACCUGUUGUAUUUAUUCAAACAGUGGCAAUGUAGUUUCUGAGCAUGCUGAUGUUUCAGAAUGAGCCCAGUCUCUCUCCUCUCCCAGCCUUUAGAUACGCGCUCAGAACUCACCUGGAUUUAAAUCCUCAUUGGCCGUUGUGUGUGUAGUAAGUAAGUACAUAGAGUAGGCUUACAUUCCUUGUUCAAGUCACAGAACGGGCUCCUGCAUCAGUAAAAGUAGUGUCUGAGAUAACUUUUGCAUGAUGAUGAUUUCUUUUGGAUGAAUGGACUGUAAAUGACUUCAGUGGAUAUUAACUCAUCAUAAGGAGCGAUGAUUCUGUCAACGACGGGAACACCCUGAGAAAUUACAAAGCUGCAGAGACUGAAUUGUUAAUAAUCUAAAAUCUUGAAGAGAAAUGAUGCGUGUUGGCGAGGGUGGAAAAAAAGUGGGAAAUGUCAAGUACACAGUACACUCAGUUAUGACAGCACACUCGAUUAUUCUGUUGCAGCCCUCUUACAUUCUCAUCUCUUCUCAAACCGCUGGUGAUGUUCAUCUGGUCCUAACCUAGGCGUUUUCUACUUAUUUGCCAGUGAAUGAACAUAAUGUGGCCCACAUAAUGUGAGCUUACGUUCUGCAACCAAGCUGAAAUGGCAUUAUGCAUCAGAGCUCUGCCAACGCUCUUUCGUGUAAAGUACCAUGUUAGAAAUAAGAUACACAGUAGGAGACGCAUUUUUGGACUUUUAGUUGUGUGUAAUUUGGUACAUGGAUGUUAGAAGGAUGCUGUAGAGAUGUAACGUGCCAACUGAGGUAGCAGUCAAACUGUACAAACCCUGGUUUUGUAUGAAAUAACUUUAUAUGAGCAACUUUUAAUUACAAAGUGUCAGAAGGUCAAAUGCACACAUUUUUUGGUAUGACAUGGUUUCCCUUUAAGUAUACUGUCUUUAGCGUUAAAAACAAUAUAUAACUUCUGUAUCUUUUUCAGAACUCAUAUUUUAUAUAUAGACCAAUACAUGCAGCAGAAAAUUCAAACAAUUGAUAAAAGAAAUGUCAAAAGCUGCCACUCAAGGUUUAUGAGGAAAUUAACAGGCUUUCAGACACUAAACUAUACCGUCUAUGUUCACGUGUCUAGUGUAACUCCUUUUGUGUUCCUUAUUUUGGUUCCAAAGUGAUGCUUAGUCAUGGAUGUGGGUGUCAAACUGAAAGGUGGAAAAAAGAAUAAUGCAACCACGCAUACCUUGUACUGUAUAUUUGGUGCUGUUUAGUGGAUCGUGAAGAUGUAUAGUAGUUAAUGGAAAUGGGCUUGAUGUACACUAGGGGGCACCGGUUACCUAAAAGAAGCCAGCUUAGCUGCAACAUCAAGCAUACCCAGCUGAAGUCCUUCUCACCAUCCUUCACUGGAUCGACCAGCAUGGUCUGACUUACCUCUCUCUGUCCAGAAAAGUCCCACUCACGGACAUGUGACAAUGACCAGACUGUAAUAACCAGACUGUGAAUAAUCGCAGACCCUCGACUGUGGCUGAGACACCUGGUGCCGAAGUCUGAUUGGAUGACCUCUGGCAGACCCUUAAACCUAACCUUGUCCUUCUGUACAGAGCUCUCCUUCUUCUUCUCCUCCUCCUCCUCUGCAGCUUCAUCUCUUCUGCUCUGCUGCUUUCCACUGCUUAGUGCUGUAUCCUUGCUGUACAUUGUACUUGCAUUCAUUUGAAAAUGAAUAAAGACGAGAGAAAAAAACAAGGAGAACAAGAUAAAUGACAA